AUGGGCAAGGGUGGUGACGCUUGGAGAACUGCUCUUAUCGCCGAUCUCGAGAAAGAACUGAAAGCAGAAAACAAGCGGUUCAGUAUUCUACAGGGAAAUCGAGCACAACACGCUCAACUUAUUAGAUAUGCUAUUUCGGAGGAUCUGCCAUCUGUGAUUUCUGUUAUAUAUCAGAGGGUACGUGUAGUCAGCAAAAGAGGCAAACUGGCCGAAGAGGAUGAUCAGUUUAUCUCAUUCGCUUUGACGAUUCUGCAGAAAAGCUUGGAAACGUUUCUGAAAGAUAAACGGAGAGUAAAUACGCCGGAAAUGUUGUCCACCUUUUUCUCUUUCGCCAAUCUCUGGGAUCACAUGGUUUUCUUCGGUAACGACAUGCGGAUAUCCUCAGCUCUUCUGUACAAUACAUUCGACCGUUGGUCACAGCUUCGAGCUCCUGAUGAGUCAUCUGAUGAAAUUGAUGAAAUUCUGACAAGAUUCGAAAGGAGGCUAAAGAAAUUGGCUCAAUCGAUAUCUCUGGAGAAUUCUCGUCUGUUUCUGUCUGAUUCGGAGCGGGAACAAUUGCUGUCCCUACUUGCUGAUCUUGAUGCGGAUGUUGGUAAAAGGAAGCUGUUGCAUGACGAUACCUCAUACGACAAGAAUACGACGCUCUUAGAUCACCUACGAGAGCCGAUUCCGAGGGAAUCGUAUCAUGGCAAUUCCUAUAGGUUAGAUGACGUUCCAAAGGAGACUUAUAUCCGUAAGUUCCCCACCCAGAUAGCCACAGAGAGGGCACCGUGGUUAUAUGUCGAAAAUUACACAGGAACUGCGAAAAAGGAGUCUGGAAUGUCCGCUGAGCGUUUGAUAGAGUCUUGGGAUUGGUUGAGCAAAAUUCGCUCGACGAUCGAAAAACUACUCGAUGACCGACCGCAGAACCCUUGUAAGAACAAUAUGGCUUCAUCUGUGAUAUUUCAACGGAAGCGCUACGCUGUGAAUGAGCUGAAUUCACUAUGGUGUUGGAUGAAGUAUCGCAUAGUGUUGGCAAGACAUUUUCGAGGACAAACUCUGUUUUUCCCUCACAAUAUGGAUUUUCGUGGAAGGGUUUAUCCUAUAUCACCGUACCUUAGUCAUAUGGGUGAUGAUGUGAAUCGAUGCAUUCUAAAAUUUGCCAAAGGUCGCCCGUUGGGAAGUCGUGGAUUCCUCUGGUUGAAACUGCACUGUAUAAAUCUCACGGGUAAAAUGAAAAGGGACAGCAUCAAGGAUCGACUCAUUGCUGCCGAUCAACAACUGGACGAUAUGGUAGAUUCAGCAAAUCAUCCGCUCGAUGGCAAAGGAUGGUGGCUGGAAUCCGAGGAGCCUUGGCAAACCUUAGCAGCUUGUAUGGAGAUACGCGAUGCUCUUGCUUUUCCAGGAAAGAUCGAAGACUUUGUGAGCCAUCUAGCGGUGCAUCAAGACGGCAGCUGUAAUGGUCUACAACACUAUGCGGCAUUAGGGCGUGAUGAACAAGGAGGAUUAGAAGUGAAUCUGCUCAAAAGCGAAACACCCAAUGACGUUUACUCAUCGGUAGCAAUGAGAGUCGAGCAGAAGAGGAUCGAAGAUGAAAAAGGUGGUCCUAACAUGGAAAUCGCUUUACGGUUGAGAGAAGCUAUGCCACAACCUGUUCCACGAAAAGUGAUUAAGCAAACGGUUAUGACAACUGUCUACGGUGUCACAUUGUAUGGGGCUGCAUUGCAAAUAAAGCGACAAUUGAAGGCUCUUGAUAUUGACAAUGAAGAGACUGGUAAAUUUGCUCAAUACUUGACACAUAAAACGUUUGCCAGUUUGCAUGAUGCGUUUACCUGUUCAAUGAAGCUAAAGGAUUGGUUCCGAGACUGUGCAAAAGGCGUGUCAGAUCUCCUACAAACAAUGGAGUGGGUGACACCUCUGGGACUGCCGGUUGUACAGCCAUACGUGAUUGCAAAGGAGAAGAAAGGAAAGGUCAUACAUGUUCCAGUGUCGCUUAAGCAGGUAGGGGCAUUUCCGCCCAAUUUGGUCCAUUCAUUGGAUUCCUGCCAUAUGAUGCUGACUUCCCUUGACUGUUCGCGGAGAGGUGUGACGUUUGCGGCUGUACACGAUUGCUUCUGGACUCAUGCCAGUACGGUAGACGAAAUGGGUGAACUAUGUCGUGAGCAGUUCAUCAGAUUACAUAGCGAGCCAAUAGUUCAGCAAUGUUCGGAUUGGUUCCACUCACACUACCUCAAAGGACCACACAUUGAGUUGAUGUCACCGGAGGAUUUGGCUUACUUCAGGAAAUUGUUCACUUGUCAAGUAAAACCGGGUGACUUGGAUAUCAAUCAGGUCAAGGACUCGGUGUACUUUUUCAGUUAA